AUGGCGGCCCAUGCUUCAGAAACCAUCAACCUCGAGACGCUGGAUGCGCAGCAGCUAAGUCAGGUCAAGAAACAAUUGGAAGAAGAAUUGGAGCAUUUGACAUCCUCUUUUGCCCAAUUGCACAGCGCUCAGACCAAGUUCCGAGAGUGCCUUCGAUGUGUGAAGGCCCGACCUGGGGCUCAUGAGGGGGAGAAAUCGGUACUAGUUCCUUUGACAAACUCGCUUUAUGUGCGCGGCGAGCUGUCAGAUCCCAGGCAUGUGAUCGUCGAUGUCGGCACUGGCUUCUACGUUGAAAAGGAUACUGAGUCGGCCGAGUCCUUCUAUGAGGCUAAAGUUCAGCAACUUCAGAACAAUAUCCAAGAUCUUGAGGUUAUAGUUCAACGCAAAACAUCCAAUGUCAGGAGUGUUGAGGAGGUUUUGAGACAAAAAGUGCUGCAGAGCCAAGCAGCAUAA